CAUUGAACAAAUGUUGAUGUUUCCUCAGAAAAUGCCUGAGCAUCCCCUCAGCCUCGUCUCUCCCUCAGUCCUCAACAUGCUCAGGUAGGACUGACUUCAGGGGGGAAUUUUGUGUCUGCUGCUCAUUCUGCUUCUGCAACUUACCGCUGUACCUCGGUGCUGAAUCUGACCUGUCUCCCGUCAAGGAGGGGAUUGAAACAUGGCCCUUCCCAACUCUGGUUUGAAGAGAGAGAAACCAUGGCAUCUAUCAGCGUCGGUGUGCCCCCCCGUCUGCGUGGCUCUCCUGUCCCUCCUCCUCGCCCCGGCACUUGGACAACUCGACUUCAACCGAUUGGAUGGCGAUACAGUUUGCCCACCAAUGAGAAGUGGCCAAGAUGACCUUCCAGGUUUUGAUCUGAUCACCCAGUUCCAGCUGGAUAUGCUCUCUCUGAAAGGUGUGAGGAAGGUGGAAGGCUCCACCGCCCUGCAGGUGGCCUACCGCCUUGACAGGGAGGCCAACUUCCAAAUUCCAACCAUGCUAAACUUUCCUCGCGGCUUCCCCGACGAGUACUCCUUCAUGGUGACUUUCCGCAUGAUUAAGAACUCAGUGAACAAGGUGUGGAACGUCUGGCAAGUAGUGGACGAAGACGGCUACAAACAAGCCGGACUGAGGCUGAAUGGCGACCAGUUGUCUCUGGAGUACUUCCUGAUGGGCGCCGACGGCAACCUGCAGACUGUCACCUUCCCCGGCCUUUCUGUGCUCUUCAACACAAAGUGGCACAAAGUGAUGAUUGGCGUAGAGCGUGACCAGGUCACUCUGUAUGUGGACUGCCAGCCUGUGGAUCACAGACCCAUCAAAGGCAAAGGCCCCAUCAACACAGAGGGAGAAACUCUCAUUGGCAGGCUGGAUGCUGAUCCCGAUACCUCUGUAGUGUUUGAACUCCAGUGGAUGCUGAUUCACUGUGACCCGAAGAGGGCCCAGCGAGAGAGCUGCAACGAGCUGCCUGCCACCGAGAUGUAUGCCAAUGCUGAGCCUGAUAAAUCAAUCCAAGGCCCCCCAGGAGCCCCUGGCCCAGAGGGCCCCCGAGGGCCCGCAGGAGAAAACGGCAGAGAUGGAAGAGAUGGUCUUCCUGGUUCUACUGGCAGUCCAGGCAAUCCUGGCAGCAAAGGGGAGAAGGGGGAAAUCGGUCUUCCUGGACAGAGAGGCCUGCCUGGCCUUCCAGGAGCUGCUGGUUCUUCUGGUCCAAUGGGUCCUCGUGGGCCUGUAGGGGAGAGAGGACUUCCUGGCUUUCCAGGACCUCCUGGUCCCACUGGCCCAGCAAGUGAAGGACCCGCUGGACCGCCAGGGAAACCAGGAAUCCCAGGAGAUGAGGGAAACAUCGGGCCUGAGGGUCAACCUGGACCCAGAGGGAAACCCGGCACCACAGGGCCUGCUGGCCCUCCUGGUCCACCAGGGCCGGCGGGGCUGCCUGGUGCCAGCAAUGAGGGAAGCGGGGAACCUUGUCCUGCUGCCUGCCCUGCUGGCCCGCAGGGACUGGCUGGGCUACCAGGGAUGAAGGGACACACAGGUUUGCCUGGUGAACCUGGAAAAAAUGGAGAACCUGGAGCGAAGGGAGAUGCUGGAGAGCAAGGUCCUCAGGGGCCAGUGGGUCGCAUGGGAGAUGAUGGGCAAAGAGGACCGAUUGGAUUCCCUGGAAGCAUGGGGGAAAAGGGAGACAGAGGUCCUCCUGGUUUCAAUGGCGUUCCAGGACCUACCGGCCCACCUGGAGCUCCUGGUGUGGAGGGAAUCCGUGGACGUCAGGGUUUGGAGGGUGCCAAGGGCGAAGAGGGAGCUGUGGGACCUCAAGGAGAACAGGGUCCUGCAGGGGAAAAGGGAGACGUUGGAGAGCCUGGCAAAGACGGCUUGGAUGGACUUCCCGGGGUUGAUGGAGCCAAGGGAGAGGCUGGUACUGCUGGAGCUAGUGGUGUCAGGGGGAUUGUGGGUAUUCCAGGGCUGCCAGGGAAGCAGGGAGUAGUUGGACCCUCUGGUGCAAAGGGGGAUACUGGUGAUGAGGGACCCGUCGGGCCAGUCGGACUUCCUGGAAAGACUGGGGAGUCUGGAAAAGAUGGACAAGAUGGGAAACCAGGAAGUAAAGGAUCAACCGGUGAAACAGGAAAACAAGGGCCAGUUGGGCCUGCAGGUCCUCCAGGCAUCCAGGGUGACAAAGGAGAUAAAGGUAGCACUGGUGCCACAGGACUGAAGGGUCAUACUGGACACAAAGGUGAUCAGGGACCUAUGGGACCAAUGGGACCAAAAGGAAGUUUGGGGGACACAGGUAUAGCAGGAGAUCCUGGGGUCAAGGGAGACCAGGGCCCUCCUGGUGUUACUGGAAUCAAAGGAGAGCGUGGAGAAAAAGGCCAACGAGGGGCUACAGGAGACGAGGGCCGACCAGGCCAGCCGGGUCAUUCCGGUUUGUCUGGGCCAAUGGGAGCUCGAGGGCUGGAGGGAGAACCAGGUGUUCCUGGAUCACCAGGCCCCAGAGGUCUGCCUGGCCCAAAAGUGAAUGACGAGAAGCUUCGGGAAAUGUGCUCAGCUGUUGUUGAAGAACAAUUAGCAGAGUUUAUGAAAGAGUUUAUGAAGAGGCCGGCAGCCAUUGGUGCCCCUGGUACUCCUGGACCGGUAGGACCCCCUGGCCCCCCUGGACCAAUUGGAGUGGCAGGAGCAGUAGGGUCUCCCGGUCCGGCAGGUGCAAAAGGUCAUCCAGGUUACUUUGGGCUUCCGGGCCUACCGGGCAGUAAAGGUGAUGCUGGGGAGAAGGGAGACAAGGGAGACAAGGGACUGGAUGGUGUAGGAAUCAAAGGAAGCCCAGGCGAACCGGGUGCACCAGGUGCCCCAGGCGCUCCUGGCAUUGCAAAGGAUGGCAAGAAUGGAGACCGCGGUGAGACAGGAAGUCCUGGUGUCCCAGGAGCAGCUGGUCCAAAGGGAGCUUCAGGUCCGCCCGGGCUUUGCGAUCCAUCAACCUGUAUCAGCAGACUUCCACCUUUCUACAUGGUCAGCGGAAAGAAGUCCGCCGGCUACAGACACCCAUGAGACAUCCCAGUUCGUUGACACAAUCCAGAUCUCAUCCUGCAGCGACCACGUUUCAGGGCUACUCAGAAGGGCGGGGGCGACGUGGUGAUCAUUGGGAGUCUCCAUCUGUCUCCAUCUGAACCACGGCUCUAAGAGACACAAAGGGAAACAGAGACAAGGCACAAUUGUAGAAUAAUGUAUAGACGUUGUAUGUGGUUACAGUGAGAGCUUAUCUAAUGUUCAAAGAUAGCUGCUACUGAUGGCCAAAGCUUCUCCCAGCCGACGACAGGCACGCUUGCCCAUGAGUUGACCCGUAAAAAUCUUUGUGGUUACAACUGCUGACCGCUUAUCUUAGUGAAAACUAACAUGACAACUUGUAAAGGCACAUCUCUCUGAUUUCUCUCUUAUGCAUGUCAUUUUUCAUUCCUUGAAUAAGCUCCCUGAAAACAUAGAUUCUACUUGUUUAGCUACGUGUAAAGCCUACAGGAUACCAGAUUCUCCACCUCAGUCACGAGCCAAUUGGAAAGUGGAACUAUAAUUUGAGGCUUUGCUUUCAAAACAAAACUACAAAAAGGUUCACAUUAACAUUUAAAAUUGUGCAGACUUGCGCUGACAUGUCCAAUAAUUUGCUAAUAAUUGUUUUGCCUGAUUUUGUCCAAUAAAUUUGUUCUUUUUCAAACAAUGUAAUAAAGUGAUAUGUUUUGGAAA